CCACAAGAGUGUAUUGCUUGUAUAUGUUCUCUGGUAAAUCGCAUAUGUUUCAUGUGUGUGCCGAUUGGUGCCGAUGUGCACGGACUUUGCAGACAUCAUGGAUUUGUUGGACUGGUUUGGGGAAUAGUGGACAAUAAAGAAAUUAUGCAUUUAUUGGAAAUGUUGUGUGUUUUGCAGUGAUGAAUUAUUUUUGGGUUGAAAAUGAUGUGCGUAAACAUUGUUUUAUGAGUGCGAGAAAAAAAUGUUGAGAAUGUAAUAUAAAUGUCACGGUGCCGUCCUUCAUAAGGGUUAUGUCAACUAGCUUCUUCGUUCUGAGCUAUAGUCGCUUCAAAUUUACAGAUGUUUCAGAUGUGCACAAAUUUAUAUCUUUUCAUGAAUUUGCUCAUGGAACUGUCAUUGAUGUGGCUUGAAGAAAGGUAAAAAUGGCAGAUCCAUCAUCAGAAGAUGAAGGCCUUCUAAGGGAAUGGGCCCCCCUUACAAAUUUACUCCAACAAAUUCCUCUGAAGGCCCAAAGGGGAAUUUUCACUCAUGAACUCAAUUUGACAUGUGUUGAUGCAUUGUCAGAUUUCAUUGCUUUAGGAACAAAUUUAGGACUGGUAUAUUGGUACAGCCGAAGGAAGGGAGAUCUUCAGAGGCUACGGUGUGAGAAUACUGCAUCCGCAAUAACCUGUGUAAAAGUGAUAUCCACUGUGGAUUAUAUGUUGGCUGUUGGCAAUGAGCAGGGUAUGGUGACAGUUUUCCAAAUUCCAAAGGAACCGCCAGACAGUCUCCCGGAGAGCAUGAGGCCUGUGAGAAAGAAACAGGUUGAAAGAUACACCAUCAAUGGGUUACACACUUCAUCAGUCACAGCCAUAGAAUGGAGUUUGAAUGGUAUGAAAUUAUUUAGUGGAGAUAAAAAUGGGCUAGUUGUUCUCACAGAAAUUGAUUUUUAUAUGCAUCUCAGCAAGUCAGUUGAGUUAUUGAAUGAAAAAUAUGAAAUAGUUCAACUUAGUUACUGUCAGCAAUUAUUGCUAGUCUCGACCACAUAUCGCAGUAUUGUUUGUCAUCGAGAUGAUCGAUGGCGGGUCGCACAAGUUGGUCAAAAGGAAAGGAAAUCGCUAGGUAAAUUAGGUGCUACUUUCUGCUUGGGCUCUGGGCGACCGCAGGAUCUCACAGUCUACGCCAGUAGGCCUGGUCUUCGUCUCUGGUUGGCUGAUAAGAAUGGCAUUGUUCAACAGACUUUAAUCUACAAGGACACUAUGAUGCAGGAACAUCGGCAUGUGCCCUUGAUCAAUCCCAUUCCUGCGCACAUGAAAAAUGCACGCGGGGAUCAUACGUUUGGGCCUCUCCGUGUUUUCAAAGACAACCUUCUAGUGACCUACAGCCAAGACACCGUGUAUGUGUUGAACCCAACAGAUAUAUAUGUGGUGGCAACGGUUGCUGACUUGCGACAUGUCCAAGAUGUCUCUGUUACCAAGGAUGAAAUAUUUAUUCUUGAGGGAGAUAGGAGCAUUAUUCGAGUGGCUUAUCUUCCGGAGGCAGUGUUGGAGCCAGGGCAUGAUGCAGUUCAAAAUGUGGUACAUGAACGACAGUGCGGUCAACUUUCUCUCAAUGAAGUAUUUCUGUACAUUGUGGGAUGCCCAGAUAUUCAGGAGAAACUUGCAGACACUUCGGCUGAGGAGUCUGUUUGGACAUACGUUUCAUCAGAAAUGUCUCGAUUUGGUUAUCCAAUGGGUGAACAGGCCCCCAAGAAAUGUCAGCAGAAGUGGAACCACAUGGUUUCGUGUUACAAUGCUUUCCAGAAAACAAAGAAAUGGGAUGAUGAGCAUGAGUGUCCGUCGUUCUUUGAAAUGUUAGAUCAAAUUUUGAAACCUAAUUUACAAAUCGAUGAAAAAAAUGCUAUUGAAGUGAUAUCAGUAGCAGCCAACAAUGAAUCUACAGUAGCUGAACCUCAGUCCAAGAAACUCAAGUUACAGCAAGUGUACAAUGCUGAUUCCCUCUCAAGUUCUGGGUCUCAGUGUUCUGAAGAGAAUGGAUUGUUGGAGACCUCUGAAGUUGUUGAUGAAUCAAACAGCGUAUAUAUUGAUUUGGUAUCUGAUUGUGAAGGUGUCUAUUACGACGAACACAUUACUGUCUACCCUGAAACAAGCAAUUCUGAACUCACUGAAGAAGUGGUGCUUUCUGACGUGGUGGUGGACGGAGGCAACAGCCAGAACGUCUAUGUGGUAGUGACUCCAUCGUUUUUUGAUCAUUCAGUGUUUUUGAAAGAUUCGGGAGGUCAAAGUGAAGAAGAAGAAGAAGAAGAAGAAGAGGAGGAAGAAGUUGCAAAUGAAAUAAAAUAUACGUACCUACCUGUUGUGGAGGGCUCCAAUAGCGAUGAAACGAUUCACUUUGAAGUGGAGGAAGGGGAAGAAGACGAGGGAGAAGGGAAUUUAGCUGAAGCAGGCAACACAGAAAGCAACCGAUCGAAUAUUUCAUUGCGCCCUGUCCCUACUCCUGCUCAAGCCUUAAUGGCACUUGUCACUAGAAUCGGGAGAGAAGAAAGAGAGCGAGAUAACUUGCGAAGAAUACACAUGGAAAGGAGUUUUGAAGCUCUGGAAAGUGCCAUUUGGAAACAGAAUUCCAAAAUCAAUGAAUUGACAGACAGAGCGACUGCACUGUUGACCGACUUGCUUCAGGAGGAUUCCUCUGAUAGGCCGACCUUGGAAUCUCUGCAGGAUGUGUCUUUCAUGUCUGUCCCUGUCCCUGUCGCAGAUAUGAGAAUGGCGUCUUCUUUUGUAGAUUUCGCCGCAAGGCUCAAAGAGCACGCCCUCCCCGCGCUGCCUCUGCAGCGAAUGCCGUUUCUCGGACAAGAGAGCGGGGAAGGCGACUCGCGAGCGCCGGGCGGGUGGAGCGCGGUGGUGACGGCGGACGAGGCCAUUGAGCUGCCGCCCAUCGUAGCGUUGCCCGAAGGACUGGCCAAUCUAACUCUGGAUGACCUUGAGAGCGGAAGUAUCAACGGAGCUGGAUCGUCUGGAGAUGAACCCAAAGUUAACAAAGAAGUGUUCAAUAGACAUCGCCAAUUUAGUUCACAAUCCUCCCAAGAGUUUGCGUUGCUGACAGAGGCCUCCCGAGCAGAAGUCCUGGAGAAGAUUGGUGCAGAGUCGGGCUCGGAUACCAUAAGCGUCAACAGCGCUCGCUCCAACGUUUCAGACAGUGAGGACCCCUGGAGCAGCGAACGCCUGGAUAUGAGCAGCGAUUGGAGUGGCAUGUCUACUCGAGCGAGUUCCAGUGCAAAUGAAUGCGCAUUGAAGCGUUCUUCAUCAGAAGAGACACUGGUCAGGUUGGGAGACAGCAUUAUCAGUGAGCUAGGCACCCUCCCUGGGGAUGAUGCCGGUUCUUGCUCUGAACAGGGCACGCGACCGAGCGAUCUCACAGUUGGUAAUCAUCCGGAGGAGAAAGUGAACACCGUGCCUCUGGGCAUCCAGCCUGACUUGAGGAGCCCUGCUUCUAUAGAGCGAGACGUUGCGGACAAGGAGAAGCUGCUUGCAGAAGUUUUGAAACUCGACACUCUGUGCCUUGAGAAAGGACCUAACUCAGACAAGGAGAGCAAUACGUCAGGCGUCGAUGCUAUGAAGACGGAUAAAAACAUGGUUUCCUCUGAGACUUAUGUGCUGUCUCCUGUGUCUGCUGUCGGUGUGUCGAUGAGUGAAAAAAUAGAAUGUGAUCUCCUUCGCCGGAACAGUGUGGAACUUAGUGAUGACAAUACAGAAAGUCAGGAUGAGAAACUUGCCUCCAUCGGCAGCACUUUGAGCUACGGACCACCCUCUGGGAGCAGUGCGCCUCCAAGCAAUCACGCUUCUCUGGAAAUUGCUCACCCCAUGGACAUUGACACUCUGGAAGAGGGAUGCCAAGUGUCGGAGCGUGCAGACAACUGGAUUCAGUACAGAACACCUGACAGCAUUGUAGGAUUUUGUGUGUGCGCCCACUAUGUGUGUUGUGUAGAUUCUAACAGUCGAAUACACUACAGUGGUGUGAACGGGUUAAGCUUAAAGUGGCAAAAGGCUGAUGAUCGAGGGGAGCAAAUUUCUGUUUCUGAAGAUUCAAAAAUCGUGUGGAAGCUGCACAAGGGCACUGCGUAUGCUCUUGUGCUUCCGUCUUGUAAAGGGCCCUUUGGGGAGAAGUGGAUUGUGGCAGCCCGAGACGUGCAGAGCGUAGCCAUAGAUGACACAGUGGCUUGGUAUGUGACUCUGGACAGCCGUGUCUACAUUCAAAAAGGGUUGACGCCUGAGAAGCCGGUCGGUGCUCCUGUGGCUGUGUGUUGUGUUUUUCCCACAGUCCGAGUCAGUUGCUUUGAAAGUGCUGUGUGGGUCCUCACAAGUACAGACAAAGUAUUGUAUCGAGAAGGGAUAUCUGUGGAUGUCCCUGAAGGUACCACGUGGAAGGAAGUGUCUGUACCGUUUCCUGUAAUGGAUAUGGUGCUUGGUUGCCAAGGAACCGGUUGGGUUGUGGAUGAAAAGAAUGUUAUUCACUUCACAAAGGAUUUCUCAGUCAAGUCUCCGCAGUGGUGGCAGAUUCUUAUCAGUGAUUAUAUAUUUCAACCUACAACUCCUCUGCAACACUUUUGUACAAAAUUAACAGACAAUUAUUUGAAGAACCUUCGUCAGUCAUCAACUGUCAUCAUGGCUGCUGGAAGAAAUGCUAUGUGGAUAUCUGAGAAAAUGGCAGACAAAAUUCAUAUGAACAAAACUGAAUUUACUGGUCAUCAGUGGAAUCGAGUGAACUUGAAGAACUUAAAUCCCAACUAUAGGUGGCAGAGAAUCACGGCCAGAGGAAUGGCUCGCGACAAAGGCCAGUUGUGGUUGCUUUCGGAGGCUGGUGACUUCUUUUGCUACUAUCCCACAUCAGGAAACAUUCAUGCAAUUCCUAUUCCAGACUCCGUAAUCUGCUUGUCAGCAACUCCACAGUCCAUAUGGUUGCUGUCAGGAGAGGGCCAAAUUUAUGUUCGGCAACUAUAUACAACUCUCAUGUCAGAUACCUGUUGGAAAAGAAUAAACUUGACACAAUUGGGGAACAUCCGUUUCACGCACAUAUCCUGUGGCAGUGACACACUCUGGGCCUGUAGCGAUCAAGGGGAUGUGUAUAUGACGAUUGGAUCUCCUCGUUCUAUGGCAAGUCCCACCUUUGCACCAGCAUGGAUUCCAGCAGAUGAGAAACCAGAAUGCAAGUUAAGCUUUACAAAGGUUUACGUAGGCCCCCAGUCCUUUAUGGUGUGGGCCUUGGAUAAGAAAAGGAGUGUGUUUGUGCGGCAGCAAAUUCUCCCCGACUUCCCCUUGGGCAAAGGCUGGUCCCUGGUUUCAGGCAUCGAAGCUGUUGAUCUCACGGUGAGCGAGUCUGCUGUAUGGGCUUUGUCUGCGGGAGGUUCGGUGUACAGAAGAUACGGCAUCUCGCAAACAAACUGCAUGGGAGACUACUGGAAGAAAAUACCUGGUUCUGUUGACUUCCUUACUGCUACGUUAAAUGAUGGUUUGUGGGCGUUGGAUAAGAAGAGUUACCUGUUGCGACACACUCAGCUUCCUGUCACUCUUUGCGUAGAUGACCUUGACUCCAAGUCAUCCGAUGCUUGUUCGUCCUUGGAAGGAGAUUGGGAACAUGUUAGCGUCAAUAAGAUGUGAAUAUAAAUGUUUUAUGAAACAAACUCUAAAGAUAUUUUUAUUUGAAAUAGUUUUAAUUCAUUAUUUUGGUGAUGUUGCUGAACAUUUUUUAGAGUACUGUUUCAAUGAACUCAAUAGAUAUCUCAAGGUAAUUGGAAGUGUGAUGUUUGUUAAUUUUUGCACACAUUUUAUUGUAAUAUAAAUAUUUUCACACUCUAAUUUUCUGUGUUAUAUUAUGAUACACUGUAAAUAUAAGUAAAAAUGUACUCAGGUUUCUCCAGGAUGUCUUUUGUGGGAAACCAGAAUUAUAUUUGUCUUGCAUAAAACUUGUAUGUAUUUAGUCUAGUCUUGCUUAAGGAAGUAUAAGUAGCAAAUAUACACUGAGAUAAAAUAUUAAGUGAUGCAUUUGAGCUCUUUUGUAUGGAAGUAAAUAUUGUGAUGUUUAUGAACAGUCACAUUUGAGUAAGGCCUUGCAAAAUGUGGAUUGUUUUAUUGUAAAUGUAUUUUUGUUUCUAGGAGAACAGCAUAGGUCAUGGUGAGGAAAUGUGGUUCGUGUAAUAGUUAUUAAUAAAAUAAGUGUCAUAAGAAUCUUAUUACAAAAUGAGAUUGGAAAAUUAUCAAAUGUGGCCAUGAAAGCAAAUUUGAUAACCAAUCCUACAUUUUAAUAAGACAUUACAAACCUCCUUAACAUUUUAUCCAGUUUGUAAAAUUCCAAGGAUCUAUAAUUUUCAUUUAAAUUUACUAUUUAUCCUGCAAAAUAUAACAGAAUGAUUUUGGAAUAAUUAAUUUGAGGCCGUGUAUAACUAUAAAACACUCAUUAACAUUUUCCUUUUCAUUACUAAACUGAAUAUUGUGGUAUGCCACAGCUUAUUAAAACACUUGUAUCAUAGUAACUCUCUAUUACAACAGCUGUUUCAUAAAAAUUAAGUUCAGACAGUGAAAGUCGAUAAAUGAAUUUUUAUUAAAUUUUGUUGAAUUAUGCAUUUCCCAGAGAUACAAAAAGGGUAAUUUAACUAAUCUUAAAAGCAUUGAUGAAGAAGUAUUGCUUUUUUGUACCAAACACUGAAGUUUUAAAGAUACAGUUAGUUAUUAUUUAAUGAAUAUAAUAUCUAAUAUUUUCAGAAAUUGAAAUCAAAGAAUUUUAGAUGUACUUCUAUCGAGCAUGAUGAUUUUGUGAAAUUCAUAAUUCUACAUAGCUUGUACUACAUGAAGUAUUCCUUUGCUGAUCAGUUUGCUAAGCAUGCUUGGAAUGAUUUGCUGAUUCAUAAUGAUGUCUCAAAAAGGAAAUUUGAAAAUAAUGAUUCAUUUUGAUAUUAAAUGAUAGUAAGUAUGUUAUUUUUGGCUGCAUGUUUUUCAGUCUGAAUUUUCAUUAAUUCCUUACACAUGGUAGGAAGAAUAUAAUUUUUUUCAGUUAAGAAGCCACGCUGGUAUAUAGUGUAUUCCACUGCCUCCUAGCCUUGUCAUUGUAUUCGUUAUUUAUAAAUUUAUUAUGCAUUGUGGUGUUUUUUGGGACAGCCAGCCAUUUGGCCAUGCCACAUUGCUUGAAAUUUAACUCUUCAACUUUUCCCUCAGAUGUUAGUCUGAUUUAUUAUCCUGAAGUUGACUGGUGUCACUAACUGAUCAGUAGGAACAUAGGCUCUCAUUAAGCCUUUGAUUGUUGUGAAAGUAUUGACAAACGGAAAAUUUCCAUACCUGAGGGUUUUAGCACACGCAGUUGGGCUGUAGCUGGGAGCCUUUGGGCUUCUUAUAAUGCAAGGGUUCAUAAAUAUGAAGUUUAUGAGGAUAGCGGCAAAAACGAUAAUUAUAUUUUCUGUAGGGAACAAGAAAAUAAUAGCUCAGGAAGAAAGUUUUAACUUUCUAAUCAACAAGGCAAUAUUCUGGUUCAUUAGACAAUUUGCAAUUUUAUUUCAACUAAAUAAUGAGAAAUAUUUUACAAUUUAAAAACGAUCAGACUUCUUCAAAAUUAGCUGGGGGCUUGUAUUCAUGUAAAUACAGUAUUUUGUUUAUUACAUAAAUAUGGAUGUAUGCAUGUUCCACAAAAACUUUUGUGGAACCAUGGAUCAAUAGCUUCCAUACUCAUUUAGGUAAAUGAAAUCUGCAGAACCUGUAGGCACCCUUGUUGCCAGAUGUGAGGAGGGGGCUGAAUAUUUAAUUUAUGUGAAGUGCUAUACACCACAAUGUAUGUAUAUUGGUGUAUUGAUGGUAUCUGUUCAUCCACAGCUUGUUGCCACUUCGUGGAUACAUGACAGGGAUUCCUAACCUCCUCCUUUCAUUGACCCCCCUUUUAAUUAAAUUGUUUGUUUUAUCAUCUUCCUUACCUUUUCUCUAUUGUAUCCAGUAUCAAUUGCCGUGUCAAAAAGAAUUGCACAUAAAUACAUUAAACAUAACAAUUUUGUACACCAAUAUUCUUGUAAAUAUCAGUAUUUAUAAUAAUCAAAGAGG